AUGCUCAACAAGGUCAUCCAGGACAUAUACCACCUGCGACGCGUGCACGCCGUGCUACCUGACGCAGUGCUGGGCAACACUCUCAAAAACAAGCUCCUACGCCUUUCUCUGCGGCCCUCGCUCCAGGAACUCAAACAUCAAGCCGAGCAGGCGUGCACCGAUGUCAAUGCAAACAGUCAACUAUCCUCCUCAGCCUCGGUAAGCCGAUGGGGCCACGACGGCGGCUCGCUGAGCUACUCCCCGUAUACUAUCAAUCCAUCCGCCCUGUGCAAUCUCUUAGACAGUCUUGCAUAUUUCCACUUGGGCAGCAGUGCCGUCGCGACGGAGGCGGUUCAGCUCGUGCAGCUCAGCGCGCCGUCCAUGUCAGCCCCGCAACUGUGCACCACACUAGCUGCGUGUUGCGCACUUGGCGCGCAGACCGACAUCACAGCCACAGCGCUGCCGCUUCUGAGCACUGCACUGAACUCGUACACUGGGCCGUCAUCCUUGGGGGCUGAUGGGGGGGCGGCGGCGUCCUCCGCAGUUGAUUCCCACCGGCCCAACAACGCGCCGCUUCUCUUCUCGCAAGGUAAUAUGGUGCUACUGCUGAUGGAGGCGUUGCAGAGGGCUGGAGUCGAAGAAGUCCACGUGUGGCACCAGCUCGCGGAGCAUUGCCUCCGCUACCUGGACUCUUUCGAUGGCAGGCAGCUCUGCGGUGUCAUCGAGGUGCUUUGUACGGAGGGAAUCGACGACUACCCGGACUUCUUUGUAGCUGCAGAGCGGCACAUCACGUCGCAGCCGUCUAACUACUUGUCACCAGAUCAGUUGCAGAGGGUGGUGCAGUGCUAUAAAGAUUUGCAUCAGCCAGUGGUGUCGCUGCUUGCGUUAAUCAAUGCGGCCCCACUUCACGGCGAGGAUGUUGAGAGGUCUAUCAGUGCAGCAGCCGCAGUCGUGGCGUUUUCCAGAACUGGCGGUCUUGGCAGCCGCGGCAAGAGUAGCCGAGCUGCGUCGAGUGCUUCAGAGACGGCGCGUGUGGCGACGCCGCAUCCUUCCUUAGAGGUCUUCGAGGGAGCCGCCAUCACCGCGGUGACGUCCGCAGAUGCUCAAGGGGUCUUAGACCUUCUCCAAAAGUGCGAGCAACGACACGUCAUGACGGCGCGCGCCAUGGACGCCAUACUCGAACGUCUGCUCGCCUUGUACUACCCCGAGCUGCUGAGCGGCGCUGCAUGUGGGGCGGCAGCCAAGGGUACCAAGAGUGCAUCCGCUGCCGCCCCAUCACCGCCGCGCCGUCACACUCCACUCGAUCUACACCACCUUUCCCAAUCCCUUGUGGCCGUUUUCGAGUUUAAUGAUGCCGCGCUUUUUGCCCAGCAGCUGCCCACUGCAGGGAGCCCCGGUGACCGGGAGAAGGCUUCUGCGGUAGUCGCCAAACCUGCGCCGGCGACGGCUUUGCUCGAUGCCCUGGCCACGGAGCUCACGCGCUGGUACCACAACCGGGUGCUGAAACUGGUGCCGUCCGCGUUGCGGCUACUACCCGCUCCCUCACAGCCUCACGCUUUCUACCGUUCUGUAAUCGAUCACCUCCGCCGCUCCAGCGACCUCUCAUCGCACGAAGGGCCACUGCAGCUUCGCAGUUUGAUUGAUGCGCUUCUUGCCUUGCGUGCCUACGGCGGAGAGUCAAUACUCGUGCAGUACAUGCCAGCCAUUGCCGUCGCAGUGCAGAACACACCUCGCAGCACUCAGCUUGAGCUCACCGCUCUGCUGGCUCACCUGCCAUGUGCCAAGGAGGAGCUCAUACCUGGUGUCUACCGACAAUGGGGAUCCCAGAAGCGCUGGCUUCGCACCAUCACCGAGGAGGAGGUGAGUUGGGCACUGCAGAUCAUGUCGCGCAGUGGCGGCCUUCGGGACUCGCAGCUGCUGCACGCUGUGUUGGAGUACGUACGUGCGCAGUGCGCACAGCUCCCGCCGCAACGGUUGGUUGAGUACCUGCAUCAGCUAGCCCGGCUAGGUGUGCGAGAUCUGGAGUUCUUUACUCAGACCGCGGAGCAACUGAUGCGGCGGGCGGUCGAGUCGUCCCCGUCCAUGGCUCUCGCAGCGCGCGGCAGCGCCGCACAGUCGGUGAACGCCUCGUUGCCCACUUCUCAGAUGAUGGUGCGACAUCAGCAGUGGCAAGUAACAACGGUGCACGACCUCUGUCUCCUGCUCUUCACCUUCACGUUUGUGCUGCGCGACUCGAUCCGUGUCACACAGCAGAUUAUCUCACGCCUCAAGAUGUGCGUCUCCUCCGCCGCGCCGCGCGACAUCUCACUUGCGCUUUAUAGCUUUGUAAAGCUACGUGUCGCGCAUAGCGACGAGGUGACUGGGCAGCUGUGUGAGCGGGCCUGUGCCACGCUCGCCGAGUUCAGCGCCGCUGAGCUGGCGAGCAUGUGGAGUUCGCUGCGCUGCCUUCGUCAUCCGCACGGCAAACUGCGCCAGCGAACGCUAGACCUGCUGGCCGCCAGCAGUGCUGAUGCUAGCCCAAGCUGGCGCUUUGCAGACAACGACUGCGUCUCCCUGGGCUCUGCUCUACUUCUGACCGAAGCCCCGCCGUCCACCACCGAUCAGCCGCUUGUGCCAUCUCAGGCACACGAAGACAGCACCGCUGCGGGGGGCACUGAUAAAGGUGAAUUCGCUUCUUUUUCGGGCUCCUCCGCCACAGCGAGGAGAGGGCUGGGGGCGGCGCUGCCACUCCCCGCAGCGUUUGAACGUCACUAUGUGGAGGUUUGCGAGCGUCUUUUACCGGAUGCGACGGGUCAGCGUCUUUACCUCAUCCUCUGCAGCCUCAGUGAGUGCCAUACAUCACUGAGCAUUUCAGUGAAGCUGUGGGAGAAAACGCUGGCGACAGUGGAGACGCACGCUGAGUCGCUCUCUACAGGAACGCUCGAUGAGCUCUCUGGCGUAGCGCAGAUGGAGGUGCUGGCUGCGCUGCGGCGCCUGCGCGCCUGUGUGGCAGACCCGGAGGCCCUUGCCACACUGGAGGUGGCGCAGGAUACCAUGCUGAGGUCUUCUACAGUGAGGAAAAGAAGCACUGCUGCCACCGGCUCUGAGAGGUGGGUUGCGCCGUACUGUCCGCCGAGGCUGUGGUCAACAUUACGGUUGCAGUGGCGAGAGCUGACGCGUAGUGCAGCAGUGCUGGCGCGUCCAGACCUAAGGGAGGUCGUGGCAGAUAUCAAGGAUGGGGGCGAUUUUCCAGCAGCGACUGCGGAGCUCAAGGCAAGGCGGCGGUCCUCUGCAGCUUCAGCAACGAAGCCCCCCGUGCGCAAAGGACGUUCAGCUAAAGGAGUAGUCCACCUGGUUUAA